ACGUCUUUACCCAACAAUCAACAUGCCUGAGCAUCGGUGUAUUGUUCCUGCAUGCACAUCGGGAUAUGAUUCUUACGUUGACAAAUAUCAUUUUUUUACGGUCCCUAAAGAUGAUACUAGACUUGCCCAAUGGACAAAAGCUAUACCCAGAAAGGAUUUUAUAAUAAAACCCAAACAAGUAGUUUGUGAGUUGCAUUUUCGAGAAGCUGACAUAAUAAGGAAAAAAAUUAUGACUGAUACUAGUGGCAAAGUCCUUACUGAGAUGAAUAAUUAAUAAGUAUCUUAAUAUAUUUUAUUUUUAUGAAUAAA